AUGGGCCCCGGCGGGGAACAUAACGUACCUACUUCAAAAUCCAAGCGAGACUGGACCACAUCUAGCACCAACAAGGUAUCAGAAGAGCUGGUGGUAUGCUCGGCGUACCUACCGUACGACUCCGAGGAACCUCCACCUACGAGGGAACUCAGGGCUCUGACAGAUCACUGUGCUGUCAAUGGUUUGCACCUGGUGAUCGGUUGCGAUGUCAACUCGCACCACACCGUAUGGGGCAGCACAAACACCAACGGUAGAGGCACAGCACUGCUGGAGUACCUCGCCACCACGGGUUUGGAGAUCCUUAAUUUGGGCUCCUCCCCCACCUUUGUCACCUCGCGUAGACAGGAGGUGAUUGAUCUGACCCUGGGCUCCGCCAAGGUGACACAGGUCAACAAACAAUGGAAGAUACGGGACGAGAGCACGCUCUCGGACCACCGCCUUAUCACUUUCAGACUAACAGGCGACAGGGAGGGCGGCACUGGUGAGGCUUACAGGAACCCAAAGGCCACCAACUGGGCACUCUACAGAGAGGGCCUGGAAGGGAGGCUGAAGGGGAACUGCCAGCGUCCCAGGACCGUAGGCGAAACUGAGCAAGAGGUGGAGCACCUGAGUUCCGCCAUUACUCAAGCCUACGAGGCUGCCUGCCCGGCCAGAACCCGAAACAGUAGCAAAAGGGUCCCCUGGUGGAACAAGAAAUUGGACCAAGCCAGGAAGGACACCCGCUCAGUAGCAGAGGAUCGGGAGCGACGCCGUAGCGGUACCGCGCGCACCGACCCUGUCCCAGCGGACUGGGUAAUGGCUGAGAAGGUGAUAAACACGGACAGGGUGAGGUGGGCCAUCGGCUCCUUCAAAAGAUUCAAGAGCCCAGGCACUGACGGGAUCUUCCCAGCAUUCCUUCAAGAGGGCGGAGAGGACCUGUACAGGCGCCUGGGCCAGAUCUUCAAAUCCUGCCUAGCGAUGGGCUACGUACCCAAAGCCUGGAGAUACUCCAAGGUAGUGUUCAUCCCGAAACCAGGGAAGCACAACUAUGGCCUUGCCAAGUCGUACAGACCCAUCAGCCUUACCUCUUUCAUGCUUAAAAUGCUGGAGAGGCUGGUUGAUAGGUACAUAAGAGACGAGGUCUUGGUCAGCAAACCACUGCACCCCUCUCAACACGCGUAUCAAACGGCAAAUCCACCCAGACGGCACUUCAUAAACUGGUAG